ACAAACGCCGAAGUGCUCCCACUUCACCGAAACUGCCGAGUGAAGCUCGGAGAACACGAGCUUGUGGGAUUUUUUUUUUUAUAUAUACACCAAUGAAUGGGACUUUGCAGUGCGCGGGAUCCAGCGCUUGUUCUUGCAUGGAAGUGAAGGCGCCGGAGCAAAUAAUGAAAAUGCGUACACUUCUCUUACAUUGAAGACUGCAGGGGAGGAAAAAGACUGCAAAAAUGACAGAGCAGCAGUCGUGCGGAGCGGCGAAAUAGAUCAAGUAUUUGCUGGCACCGGAGGGCUGGUAUCACAACUGGACGGACAAGGAGGGGAGCAAAUGUAAAAAAAAAAAAUCUCCUACGCCGCAGCAGCAGCAGGGCUUGUGCCAGCUGUGAAGCUGGACGGGGGUAUUAUUGUUUGUUCCUUUCCAUCACUGAGUGCUUUCCUUUCAGCCUUUUCCAGAUCACUUGGAGAUCUGGGACGGCUGUCUUUGAGGGAGUAUUUGCUGCAGAGACCAACACCGGGGAAUGUCAUGUGUCGUUGCGCGACAUAGAGGCUCUUUGUGGACCGCUGCUGCGCACCGGGGGACAGGUGCCGCCGCCUGGCAUAUUCACACCAAACAGGGGUUUUUGGGACACACAACCCCCCUGCCCUGAGACAGUUGUCUUAUGGAUGUCAGACCGGCGUGGGGGCUCAGUUUUUGCCAGAGACAGGUGCGACAGGGAGGAGUAGUUUGCGAAGCCCUGCGCAGGAUCUGGUAACGCACCAGCGAGCCCGCUCCACUGAAACAUCCCCGGGCUCUCUGCGGCUCCGCCGGGACGCAUUGUUGACUCAAAGCAUUGUUCUCCCGACGGCACCUUGGUCUUGAUAAGCAGAGAGAAUCCAUUGUUGUGUAACUAUGGCAGCAGUGGCCUCUCCCAUCUUCUUCCUUCUGUGUUGGCUGCUCCGAACGGCUAGCCUUGCUUUCCCGGAAGAACCAGGACCUGUGAACUUCAUCCCCACUGAAGUGGUAAGAAGAUACCCGGUGUUUCUGGGCCGACCACACAGAACAUGGCUGAGACAAGAGCCUCUGCACAUCCAGAGGAUCCUCCAGAUCAAUCGAACUCUCUACAUCGGGGCCAGGGACGACCUUUACCGUGUGGAGCUGGACAUUGUUGCCGGGGAUGAAAUGUUUUACAGCAAAAAGAGAACAUGGGAGUCCAACAAGAAUGACAUCAGAAUCUGCAGGAUGAAGGGCAAACAUGAGGAUGAAUGUCGAAACUUCAUGAAGGUGCUGCUCAGGAGAGAAGGAGGCCUGUUUUUGUGUGGGACCAAUGCCUUCAACCCGCUCUGUGCCAACUACACUGGAGACACUCUGGAGAUGAUAGGAGACCCAGUCAGUGGGAUGGCGAGAUGCCCUUAUGAUCCCAAACACGCCAAUGUAGCUCUGUUUGCAGAGGGGAAUCUGUUUACAGCUACAGUGACAGACUUCCUGGCCAUUGAUGCUGUGAUUUAUCGUAGCCUCGGGGACAGUCCUGCUCUGCGAACCGUCAAGCACGACUCCAAGUGGUUCAGAGAGCCAUAUUUUGUCAGCGCUGUGGAGUGGGGAAAUCACAUCUACUUCUUCUUCAGAGAGAUAGCCAUGGAGUUCAAUUACUUGGAGAAGGUGGUGGUGUCCCGCGUAGCCCGAGUGUGUAAACGGGAUCAGGGCGGGUCACAGCGCGUCCUGGAGAAGCAGUGGACGUCGUUCCUGAAGGCUCGGCUGAACUGCUCCAUACCCGGUGAUUCCCACUUCUAUUUCAACCUGCUGCACUCCACCAGCCCCAUCAUCAGGAUGCACGGCAGGGACAUCAUCCUGGGAGUGUUCUCCACACCAGCGAACAGUAUACCCGGUUCAGCGGUGUGUGCCUUUGACAUGGAGCAGCUGGCUGCUGUGUUUGACGGGAGGUUUAAGGAACAGAAAUCACCUGAGUCUAUUUGGACGCCUGUCCCAGACGAACUCAUCCCAAAGCCAAGACCUGGAGGCUGUGCAGUUCAAGGAUCCAAGUUUAACUCCUCCAACUCUUUCCCUGAUGAGAUGCUGAACUUUGUCAAGACACAUCCCCUGAUGGAUGAGGCCGUGCCGUCUCUUGGACAAAGACCCUGGAUAGUCAGAACCAUGGUCAGGUACCAGCUGAAUAAGAUUGUGGUGGACACUGAAGCCGGCCCGUACAGAAACCGCACCGUGCUAUUCCUCGGGUCGAGCAGAGGGACCAUCCUCAAGUUUCUCAUUAUGCCAAACCAGGACAAUACGGUCACCAACAGCAACAUCUUCCUGGAGGAGCUGGAAGGAUUCAAUCCCGAUAAGUGUGCUGAGGACUCGCCGCAGGCCAGGCAGCUGCUGUCUCUGACUCUGGACAGGGUGAGCCACACUCUGCUCCUCGCCUUCCCCUCCUGUGUGGUCAGAGUACCGGUGGCACGAUGCCAGCUCUACUCCCGAUGCAUGAAGAACUGCAUCGCCUCCAGGGAUCCGUACUGUGGCUGGACCAGAGGAAGCACCUGCUCUUUCCUGAGGCCUGGAACCAGAUUGCCAUUUGAGCAAGAUGUUGAACAGGGAAACGUGGCGCACUUGGGUGACUGUGACGGAAUGUUCCUCCAAGAGAGUUUCAUUGAAGAGCCCGAUGGCCUGGUGUCUGUAAACCUGCUGGUGGUGUCUGCAGUCUCAGCCUUCUCAACGGGAGCCAUCCUCUCCGGCCUAACUGUCUGCUGGAUCAUGAGUCAUCGCCACCGCCAUUCCCGCAGCUCCGGCGCCAACGGUGCCCGCCGCAAAAGUGACAAAGAGCAUAGCAUGCUGGGGCACGCCCGAAGCGGAUCGGUAAUGAGCGUAACAAGAACCAGCGGAGGCGAGAGGCGUCGCUCGCAGGCAGACAACCCCUUUGUGACGCCUAACGGUUGGGCUAAAGGAGAAAUGGACCCGGGCUUGCUUCCCACACCGGAGCAGACACCUCUGCAGCAGAAACGGGCCAUGCGACUCCCCGACACGGAGUGGGACCAGAGUCAGACUUUCCUCACCUCCGUAGGGACUCCCUGCCCCAACAACGCCGUCAUCUACCUGAGCUCAAAGUUCCUGCACGGAGGCGGAGGAGGCGGGGGAAUGGUCCGGAUAGAAGACCCGGGGGAGGUGGUGCUGCCCCCGCACACGGAUCGCCAACGUUACCUGAUCCUCGCCACCCAACGGGGCGAGCACGGUGGCAGUCGUCCCACCGGCACCCUGAGGAACUCGGCAGGAGAAUACAUCUACCCCGCCACCCCGCAAGAGUCCCCCGACCGACGGAGGGUGGUCUCUGCUCCCACUCCCCACAUGGACUACGGGGAGCCUCGCUGGAGUCACGAGGCGCUCAAUUACAAUAGCAACAAUGGCGUGUCCUAUAACUCUCAGCGCCAGGGCCUCAUCAGGCCAGACAUGCACGGGCCUCGGGGGCUGGGAGACCUGGCUGAUUUCAGCCAUCUUAUGGGGAAGAACAUGGGAGAGCGCACCCCCAGUGGCCAGUGAGCUGAAGGAAGUGAGCCUUUGACGCUAAGCUCUCUCUGAAAACCCAUUCCCACCAAAAAGCCACUGGACUAAAUCAACCCGUCAGACUCACUGUUCUAGUCCAACCUUACCCCUAUCUGUCCUCUCUCACUGUCAUUCAAUGUUUUGACGCCAUUCAGCUGACUGAAGAGAGAGAGACAAGAGAGAAAAGAAACAAAGAGAGUUAAAAAGGAGGUGAGAACUCUCAAAUCAGAGACCUUUCUCUAUUCGUAGUCCACGGCGUUGCCCCCUCUGCGCUGCCGGUGGUGCCGCCCACAGAUCAUAACUGACACCACAGGACAAACAAAGUGCAUAGAGGGGUGCAGAGAAAAGAGGAAUCUUCUAAAAAGGGACAGUUUGAAGAUUAACGAGAUAAUUUCGCUUGCAGCGCCAAGGGAAAAAGUUUCCCUCCACCUUUUUUUGUUCACUGUUUUGUCACCAUGAAUCUUCUCUAGAAGUGAAAUUUUAGCUUCUCAUUUGUUUUGUUGUGCCUGUGGCAUCCAGCAGAUAAUGACGUGCUUUACAUUGGACUUCACACGAGACAAAAACAGUUGUAGCUGGGCCAGAGGACGGUGACUUGUCAAAGAAUCAUGCAGAGUGAAUGUGUGCGGCCGCAACAACCCCCAACCAGCGUCCUAUUUUACUGUAACUGUGAAGUAUGACUAUAUAUUGAAGUCUGUGGCAGCACUGUUUAUACAGAAGAGAAGAGAUUUUAUUAUGUGUCUACUUGAAACUCUGUGUUUACCAAUCAAAAGAUUGAAGAAUUGACCAGGGGCUAGUGAGGACUCAGGCUCACCGUCGAGAGCCAUGAUGAAGUUAAAGAGAGCAAUAAUUAGCAACAAGCAAAUGUCAGUGAAGAUAAAGCCAAUUUAAUUUGAUAUUUUUAUAAUGUUAGUCUUCUCAGUAAAAUUAUCUGGAAGUUUAGAGACUCUAGAUAAAGCAAAGGCUCUGGGAAAAGCAACAGUAUCUCCCUUCUGUUCCUCUCUCUCCCUCGCUGCUACUCCAUGUGCCUGGAUCAGUCUGACCUGACCCGAGGCCUCCAUGGGCUUUCGCAGUGCAUUUGUUGAAGGGAAUGUGAGCUCAGGCUGUCUGGCGAUAUGACCGAGGCUGUGAAGCUCGGGCCUCGUGGGAGCUCCAUUCAGUCUCCUCUGCCCGACACUGAGCCUCUUUGUGCCCCCCGGAGCAGGAGGAGACUGCAGCAACAAAUAACCGUUAAGAGUCAGCGACCUAGCCCACCAACACAAUCUUUGCAGAAUAUCAAUGAGGAGGGACAGCAGCUUCGUUCCGGCAUACACCGUCCCCGAGCUCGAGCAUCUCUUGUGGUUCACCCACGCAGGCAAAUUACUGGCUGACCAGGACUGGGAAGAGCUGAGGAUGGAGGCCAGAGUUGGGGCACAGCUAACGGUCACAAUGGUUAUCCCCAGUGACUUUAUCUCUUUCUUUCUUUCAGUGUGUUUCCCAAACAAAAGCUGGAUAUAGAAAAACAGAUGGGCAUUGGCAUACUUGGGUGUAAAGUUUCUCUUUGACUUCAUUGUCAGACCUUUUUGAUGUUUUCUGUUUUUUGUCUGCCCUCAUCCGUUCUUGAUGCAAAUGUAGAUAUGCUCAGCUUUAGUUCAUCUGAAUAAUGGUUUAGUAAAAGUGAUGUUUUCGUGCGUGUCUGUCGGCUUCUGUGUGAGUUUUGUUUGUCUACACAGAUGUGUUACUCAUAUUGAGUGCAAAAACAUCUUUGAUCACUUGUACUCUCAUGCUCAGCUUUCUUCCCUUUUCAAACCUGUUUUCUUUUAUUUUUCGUUUUUUUGUUUUCACCCACCAGUGUCACAAUUGCAGGGAGUGUUGGAUUGUGUGCUGGAGCAGCAUCCAUUAUACAACAUACACACACAGUGGUAAAAGGAAAUAAAGGAUAAAAACAAAACAAUGUCCUAUUAAAAUGGAGACGCUGCCUUUCAGAUCAGAUAGUAGAUGCUGUCAAAAUACACAACUUUAAGUAACAGAACCUUAAUUUACAAAAGAAUUCUACUAACAGUGCUCGUUUUUCUUUUAAAUACGGUGUCCGUUUGACCAAAUUUUAUGAAAAUCUGCUGGAAAAGAAUUUAAUCCCAUUUCCAUCUAUUACCUUUAGACAGUUAUCACAGAUUGAUUUAUUGAAAUAAACAAUUGAUGAUACCAGUUCUCCAGGCAGAACUGCAUUAGAAAAGGAUAUAAAGACAUGAUGCACUUAAUGUCAGCAACCUGAAAUGAAUGAAAAUAAAUCAAAACUGACAUGCUGGAAAGCUUGGCAAUAGUGACCAUAGUUCAUAAGAAAAUUGCAGCUUUUUGAAUAACUAUUAUACCUACCGAUGUGAAUUUAACAAUAGCGUUUAUGAAGCCGUGACUACUGAACAACAUUUAUUCACCUGACUUGAUUGCAUUGCACUUAUUUGUAUAUUAUUUUAUUAAUAACCAAGAUUUCCACCUUUUCCACACAUACAAAAAACAUUUAUGAUCAUUUUUACUUUUUUUUUUUUGUAUUUGCGUAACAUGCAAAUCACACGACGGACCCAACUUUGUAGAGAUCCUUUAUUCCGUCAUUUUCCAGCUUCAAAUCAUGUUCACCAUCAGCCUCUUUUUAUUGAUGCUGUGGCAGUAUCUCAAAUUCAAUCAUCCUUCCACCCCUCACGUGCACCUACUAUAUUAGGUAAAGACUCAUGAGGGGCUGGAUAUCAUCACAGAAUUAAAAAGAAAAAAGGAAAGCUAGACCUGGAAUGAUGCGGUUCAUCUCAUGCCUUCAAAUGGGAUAACGUGCUGAUCGUUUAUGCUACUCUCUUACGUUUCUUCUUCCUGUGUUACUGUUUUCAAAAUCCCCGUUAGUACAGGAACACAACACCGUUCAAGGUGUAAACAUGGAUCCUAAACUGGCUAAUUAUAAUGGAGAUUUGUGCAGAGGGACACACCUGCCUGGUGCAGUGCUCUGCAGUAGCCACUAUUCUGAAUUAUGUUUUUUUUUAUUGUGAAAAUAUGUCCAACAAAGAGCCAUGGCCAUACUUGGAAAUAUUCCUCUAGGCCAGAAAAGGUUGAGUCAUGAAAUAUAAUCCCAUCUUCCAGUAUUUAAACUCUGUGUACAAACUUUGGUUUGCAGCCUUUGCUUCACGUAAUUGGUUGAUUUAACUAGUUACACAGAACCAGCAACGUUCAACGUUGCCCUCAAUAAAACACCAAAUCUUAAAGCAAAUCUUUCAGAAUUUUGGUAUAAAUCUUCCAGCUGAUCAGUGUAAUGUAAUUAGCAGUAAAAAUGUGACUAUAUAUUCAGUGGUAGCUGACAGGUUUCAGUAAAGAGCUGCAAACACAUUUCUGUAAAGGGUUUAAUACACUGCCCCAGCAAAUUUACAGCCAGCUGCAGAGGUAAUAUAUGAGACAAGCCAGUGAAAGAGAUUUAUAAAAUCAAGGACAGAGGAGGAGGUCAGGCAGGCGAACGUGAUGUUACUACAUUACCGCCUCGCUACAUUAAUACAGUGUAUUCUUUACACAUUCCACCCUGAAACAGGUCAUUAGUAUUGAGGCUGUGAAGCGCCCCACAAGCCAAGGGAUCUUUAUCCUGUAUCCAUGUUUCUGCUUCAUCCGAGUGCUGCUUGUUUCUACGUGUGAGCACGUGUGAAUGAGGCCGCUCUAUCUUAGUUGGCGUGCCCACCCAGCCGUGUUCAUGCUCCGCAACUCCUCUGUGUUUCACUAAACAUGCUUGAUUAGGCAAAGUACAUGCCCGGCCCUCUAAUGGCCCGAUGUGCCCCCGGGAAUAUUACUGCAGACGCAUCAGCCCUGAAAGGGGGUUAUUCUUUCAACCAGCUCUUUUUGACCCUUUGCUAACCAACAGACACACACACACACAAAUGCGCACACACACACACACACACACACGCUCAUACAUAAGCAGGCCAUUUAACCAAUUCAGAAUGUAAUUGAAUGAAGAACAGAAACGAAGCUCAGGCCUGACGUCACCUGACUGGUUCUAAGAAAGAUACCGUACAUCACGAUGUUAUCUUACUGGCUGGACAAUUUGAUUACCUAAACUCAAACAUUACAGGGCAGCUGAAGAAUUUAGAUGCAGAGACAUGUCUGUUUAUUGAAGCCAUCAUCCUCCCUCUUCUUUGCAUACUUUAUCAUUCCUGUUCCUCCUCCUCUAACAUCCACACUCUGUCUCUUUGGUUGUUCAAGCUUCUUUUUUUUCUUUUACUGUUAACAGACUUAUACUAUCUAUUAAAUGAAAACCAUGACCAUGUUUUCAUUGUAUUUUUCACUAUUAAAGGUUUUCUUAUUAAUUUAAUGAGUCAGAAACAGAAGUCAAAGUAACCCCCGUUAUAAGUCAUGCCAAAUCCUUUAUGUUCAACAGUUCUUUUGUUUUUUGUUUUUUGAAACAUUUCCAAAGCCACUCAUGCGAUAAAUUGCUUCAGAAUUAUUUUGUACAGUUUUUUUUUUUACUUCGUAUAUAUUUUCUCCUUUCCCGCAUACACACACAUUCGUGCUCCUUAUCUCUAUCCUGCACGUAUCACCGCGCACAUGCGCUAAAUUCCCACCCUGCCUCUGUGACCUGCUCUGUUUUCAUUCAUUAAGCCGUGUACUGUAUGUGCGCUUGCUGAAGAGACCGCGUCGUCGUGCGAUGGGGUUGUUUGUGCGCGUGGCCCCGCGUUGUGUGCCCCCCAGCCAAUAACUGCCACUUUGCUCUGCAGUGCUCCACUGUACUCUGCGUGCUCUAUGCCCCAGAAGAAGUUCAGAGAAGGGACCGAGCUUGUGUCAAAUCCAACGACACACAGGGAGGCCGUGACAUGGACCUGUUCUUCUUCAAAACUAACAUAUGAGAGGAAUAAGCACAAAAAAGAAGACUCAAAUAAACGUUUGCAUUUUUGUAAAAGCUGUAGGUGUUAUUUAGUCAGCACUGAUCUUUUUUUUUUUUUGUUGUCAUGUUUGUUUUUUCUAUUGUUUGUUUCUGUGGUAGAUAUUUGUUUUGAAUUUUUUAUGGAAUAUUACUGUAUUUGAUUUCAAUUUAAAAUCUCUGGUGUGCCGAAUUUGAUGAUGACAAUGAAGCUGAACCUGAAGACUAUCAUGAUUCUUAUUACGAAGCAGUACUGUGAGCACCUAAGUGCUGCGUCCUGUUUGGAUGCAGAAUAUGAAACAAAGAGGAAGUGAGUCUGAAUUAGAGACUUUACAGAGAGGUUGAAAAUGCAGACCAGAGUCUCCUGCUACUGUGAAGGACCCCGCUGACACCAGAGGCUGGACCCCAGUCCCCCCCCAGCGUGGUUGGAGGUUGGAGCUUUGGGGCAGGCUGUCAUCAGAAGACAACACAUGUCCCUACUACGUGUACAUAACUUUAAUGCUUACAUGUAAUUUCAGUGCAGUAGCUGCAUGACAACACAGCCUCUGUGUGUGUACAGAAGUAGCGAUGUGUGAAUUUGUACAGUACAUGCAAGUGUGUGUGCUUGUGUCUGCAAAGAAAUCUGUCUGUUGUCACGCAAAAAAAAAGAAAAGAUAAAACAACACGUGCAUGCACCCUCGGACAACUGCACAGGACACACAUACACCAAUCACACAAAUGCGCAAAUACACGGACACACUGCAGCAGUUGUUCACCAUUCUCCACAUGUGCUGAGCUCCGCCUGUCACUCCGCAUGGAGACUUUGCUCUAUGUGAUCUUUCUUAUUCUAAUAAACCACU